AUGCUACGUCGUUGUAUUCGGAGAUUAGGCUCCACUAAUCGUUAUACAGACGGUUCAGGGCGUAAGCUGGAAUCUAACGAGCUGCCCCGGGACCUUUACCUCGAAACGAUUAGCAACCGGGCAUACCCUGUGAAGGGAGAACACUGGCAACCUGUGGUGGCGGGAAAACCCUCCCCUCAGAAAGGCAGCGUCAUCAUAUCCGGUGCAGGUGUUCUGGGGUUAACACUUGGAUCACUGUUUGCACUCCGAGGCUGGCAUACAACAGUAUUGGAGAGGUCCCCUCGUCUCCCAAAACAGGCUAACUUUCAUGAAUUCAUCGAACAAGAAAAAGAUACGAAUAUGCACUGCCAAGUGGGAUCUAAAAGUCAUUCUAAUGGCAUCGAUAACUUCGACAAAAUCGACAGCCAUAGAACUCCUCAUAGGGUUGUUUCUUAUGGAAAGCAAUGUGUUAAAUUGGACGCCAACACUCUUGUAUGGUCACUGGAAGAAGGCUCAAGCCUUUCAACAGGUUUCCAUCAGGACGAAUACUAUGAUGGUGUAAAGGACAGUGACAUGAGUAAUCCAUGUCAACAGGCCUGUUCUCCCUUCCAACAUCCCUUUAUUGAUUUGGAAUACACUGUUCUGACUCGUCGUGCUGUGGAUGUGCUAGAAAUUGCUGGAGUUCGGCUGGGAAUGAUCCAAUACCUUGGCGUGCCUGUGAGCGGGAUCCUAGACCACCCGGGGGAUUACAACAGCUGGCUAACAUAUGGCCUCACAGAGCAUCACCCCUUCGCCGUUCGGAUGCUUUCUAUUGACCUCUUUGCUCUGCGACGCUAUCUUGAGGAUCAUGUCAACCAACUUCCUAAUCAGAACUUACAAGUUUUUUAUGAGCAUGUCAUCGAGGCGGUAUAUCCUUUGCGGCAACAGGUAGCGAUAUGCCACUGGGAGAAAAGUACACAAUCGGUAACGAAUGAAAUGGAUCAGAUGUUGAAAGGCGCUGCACCUUUAAAUCAAACCAGAUAUUCUGACAGCUCAAAUAAUCUCCAAGAUCGAACAACAAAGGUGGUAUUUAAGGCCAAAGCACAACCUCAGAGACGGCGGGACACGAGCUUGAUGCUCAGCCCUAUGAAGUGGGAUGCCAAGUACGCUGAUGACGCGGUGGACUACGACCUAUUAAUCUGCGCGGAGGGGGUAAACUCACGGUUGCGCGAUCUCCUCGAUGUGGAGGGCUUCGCCACGGAUAUCGACAUGGGCACCAAGUGGUUCCUUCUUAGAAGUGAUACACUCAGUCAUGAACACAUUCACCGCUGGCUAAGAAAAAGGAAAACAAAUCCAGUGACGACGGUAGAGUCCUAUCACGUCUGCUCCGCUUACCAAGUCCCGAUGUGUAUAGCCUUUCCUCGCAUUGAUGGAAACAAUCUGUUCUCUGUGAUGGUGUAUAUGCCCAUUGGCGAACUCGAAGCGCUAAGCGACGAAGAAGUUCUCAAAUAUUUUCUCGCAGAUGUAGCGCAUCACGACCCCAAUGCAGAACUUAGGUCCUUUACACCGUACAUCCGUCAUACGCCAACCAUAUUUUGUGAAAAUUUGUUCAACUCCGUUGGGCUGCCCUCAGCUGUUAUGGUCGGGGAUGCGGGACACAGUUGUCAUCCCUUCUGGAUGCAAGGACUUGCGCUUGGCCUUGAGGAUGGAAUAAACCUGCUCAACCAGGUUGACGCCUACUCGCGACACUUUUACGAUGCCGUAAAGCAGUACAGCAAUGAGCGCGGCGUCGACGGUGACGCUCUGCGUGCACUGACUGAUCGUUGCCUAUAUUACCAACGGCAAAAACACCGAAAUCCGUUUAUUCGCUUCCAGAAUGCAUAUCAGUUCUACCUAAGCAUUUACUUUCCACGAAGAUUAAAUGAUCUCUAUAACGGCUCAACGAAUCACCUGUACUCUAAAAGCAUCGAAACAAUGUUAAAUGGGCGAGGCUACACAUCAUACGAAUUUGCUGAGAAACAGCAAGUAAAACACAUCUCGUUUUUCAAUUUAGGUCGACUGUAUACGUGA